AUGCCUCGUCCAACUUACACGCAAGAACAAAUCUUCCAAAUCUACGACCGCAUCAACCUUCCCUCCAAGUGGCGACUGGAUCUUGAGGAGGCAAAGAAGGGAAGUAGCGGUGACCAGGCCCUCGAGUACUUGACUGUCCUCAAACGAUACACUCUGGCCAACGUCCCGUUCGAGAAUGCGGAGUUGCAUUACUCAAGAAAUCAAAUCAUCGACAUUCAUCCCCAGAUUCUCUUCCAAAAGAUUGUCACCCAGGGCACUGGACGAGGCGGAUAUUGCAUGGAAAAUAAUGCAUUCUUUGGGACCGUCCUUCGCUCUCUUGGAUUCAAGAUCAUGUCCACUGGCGAUCAUUCGAUGUGGUAUGGCUUUGCCCACAUGAUUAACAUUGUCACCAUCAAGGAUGUUCGCUACAUGGUUGAUGUUGGAUUUGGAGCUGGAGGCGCUACAAGACCCUUGCCACUUGAAGAUGGAAAGAUCCACCUGAAUAUCAAACCCGAGCACUCUGUGCGGCUGCGGUAUGACACCCUGGAAGACUUCGAAAACCCGACCUCGAAAGUGUGGAUAUUGGAAAAGCGGAUGGCGGACGACAAGCCGUUCCUGCCGAACUACUGCUUUCCGGAUAAUGUCGAAUUCCUGCCUGCCGAUUACAUGGUCAUGAAUCAGUUCACGAGCACGAAUAAAAGGGUGUUCUUCACACAGAUCGUCAUUGCUGUGAAGCACAUUCUUUCGGAGGACGGGGAGGAGAUUGUUGGGGAUACCGUGUUGAUGGGCAACAGGCUCCAUCGAAGAGUACACGGCAAGAAGGAAGAUCUUGGCACCCUCGACAGUGAAGGUCAGAGGGUCGAGGCGUUGGAGAAGCAUCUUGGCAUCCGGUUGAGUGAGAUGCAGCGGUAUGGCAUUCUGGGAAUGCAAUCCAUGAUCGGCGGAUAG